ACUUUCCUAGAUUGAAUGGUAGUAUCCAUAGAAGAUCGAGUUCUUGGCUACGGUGUUACACUGGAUUUCAGUUGGAUGCAGCUUCUAAGUGCCUGUAUACUAUAAGGUAAUCAACCAAGAUGGGUUGGUUCCACGGUAAACAUGUAUACUACAUGCACUCAGAAGUGUAUCUUGCGUUUUUAUCGCUGGUACACCUCUGCUGCAUGAUAUUGACUGGCUAUGGUGUAUUUUACCACUCUAGGGACUUGAACGAGUUACAGACUAACAUGUGGGCAAUAUGUAUUUUGGGUAUUACCUUUUUGUUUAACUUAUGUUCGACUAAAUGCAACAAUCAAUUCUUCCGCUGGUUUCUACCAAUAACAAUUCUUAUCAGCUUAACUUGCUUCUUCACUCUAUCGGUAUACCACGGUAUUAUCGUGGUUUUCUUGGUUCAUUUACCGGUAAUAUCCUUUACGUUGACCGGUGUGCCACUGGUUGUAUUAGUGGGUGUAUGCAUCGUUUCUGUAACAUUGGGUCUGGUAUUCCAUAUGGUACUGGUAGCGUCGCUAUAUGAUGAUUACCAUGGUUACCGCUCAAUGACAUCGAUAACGGAUAAUUUUACCUGGUUCAGACCACACACGGCCCGUGCUUUCACCGUUGUAAUGCUGGAUACAUACAUUUUAAUUAUACAAAUCAUCGUCGGGGUUUUAUCAUACUAUCGCUUUGAGAAGUUAGGACACUUGAUAGGUGCCUACAGGAGUAAUCCGGCAAUAUACCUAGGGUCCCUAGAAUCACUUCGAAGAUUAGAGGAGGACUUCUUACCUCCAGACCGUACUCCUGAAUCUAGUAUAGACGCUUCUCAAAGGCAGCUUUCAAAAUCCCUCAAGAGCGCAAAUUCAUCUGAUAACUCCGACUCUGAAGGUGAGAUGCCAUGGGAGAACUCGCAGGUGCAUACUAAGCGAUCGUCGAUAGAGCAUAUUGAACCAUAUCACUUUCAGAAAUCAAUGCAACCCGGCCACAGUAUGCUUGGUGCCGACUCAAAUGUGGAUAACCAGGCACACAAGUCCGAUACUUUAUCCUUCGAUGAAAUUAGGAAACACUAUAAACCACGUCCGGGUGGCUAUGUAGAAUCCUUGCUUAAGAUAGCAAGUCUCGAUGAUACAGCACCAGAUCAAGCAUCCUUGUCAAGUAGUUCGUCAGUCCACAUCCAAAUUGAUAACAAGGAGACUCCCACCAACGUGGUAAAUCAACCUCAGGCAGCGGACCACCGAGCGAGUACUACCAAUGGGUUCUCACAACCACGACGCCAGAAGACCCGUUACAUAGUACAAGAACCCAAUGAAAGAGAAAAACGUAGUCGUUUCAUAGAGACACCUAGUAAACGCCUUUUCACAGCGCAGCAGAGUAAACUGAUUGGAUCUUUGAUAUCUGAUGACAUUGUUAACAGAACACAUAAAUUCUCAAAAAUCGACACUCUGCGCCAGGUUUCAUUCUCAUCGUAUGAUACUAACAAUACCGACAGAUUCGGACUGCCUAUGAUACCUACCACCAGCAAACAGUGGCGUGAGUCAUACGACGAGCUGCGAAGCAUGACCAAGAGCCUAAAGUCUUUACAGGACACAACAGUUUUAAAUAAAAUUCUGGAUGAUGAAAACGCUAGGAUGCGUUUUUAUUCAUUCGAGAACCCAGAACACCUCCAACGUCCAGAACGUGGAUUACGGGAUUCAGCGGUAAAUCCCGAUCACCCUAUGUUCAUAUUAAGCCCCAAGAGCUUCCAUACCUCAGGUUGCAUCAGUCAGGGUACUUUCAACGCACCUGAAUCUUCAUCGGUUGUACACCCAGUAACGGCCAGUACCACUAUCAACACGCUUAUCAGUGUUUUGCCGGAGUGGUGCUGCCGUAUAUUAUUAUCCUCGAUAAGGGCAAUAAAUCGCCAUAGCCAUGCACGGGAGUUGAUGAAACAUUAUAUUUGGAUGCAACAGCCGCGCUCGCCAGCAACCAAUAGCAUGGGCAUGUUUGCCCAUACACGCAUAGAGGCGUGGUAUGUCGAAUGGAUGCACGACUUCAAUGUCAAGUUCUACACGCUGACCUUCACGCAAACGAUAGCUAUAUUUCUGCUAUGUGUGUUCUCUGACUUGCUAGUGGCCCUGAGAAUGUACAGUACUCUGGAAAGUCACGCAGAAGUGGCUAACUUCUUCUCAUGGCUACGGAUUGCUAUACUCAUGCUACGCUAUGUCAUAUACCCAUUGCUAAUGUGCAAUUCGCUGUGGCACAUGACCAACAAUUCGGGAAAGGAGCAUUUUUCACACUACCGGCUGAUAUGCCUGCUGUGCUUCUUCAAUAUCUUCCUCACAUUCUUCGAUCUAUGGUCAUGUCUGGGCAUAUUUACAACGGGGUACGCCUUGCAUCACUCACUGCACUUGGCAAGUCUUAUAACCACUACAAGCCUCAUACUGUUCGCAAGGCUGCCCACUAUAUUGUGCAUCUAUGGCGUAUGCAUCCUGGGUUAUGUACUGCUGCUGUAUUUGGGAUCGUACAAAAGUGGAUAUAGCAUACUGGAGAUACUUACACAGAUGGUAGUAGCCACUGGAUGUAUGGUAUUCUGCGUGAAACCCAUUGAAAUCAACAGGCGCAAUCUAUUCUGCCUGUUUACUCUACCAUAUCUCUUCUAUCUGGAGGCUAUGCAUUCGUAGGCUGUGGAGCUAACUGUCCAGUAUCAUAGAAUUCAGCUCUCUAAAAUUCAGAUAACAUGAAUUCUAUCUUCAUGUGCGA